AUGAAAAUCUCCUUCAAUUCUUCGAUAUCUGAAAAGGAAGGAGCUGCAGAAAAUCAAGACAGUUCCGUUUUCUGCUCGGGUUCUUCACGAAGCUCAAGAUCGGAGAAAGCUGAUAAUCACAAAAAAGCUGGAGUCUCGGUAAAAGCCUAAAUUUCGGAAACUUCGCUUCAUAUUAAACUGUUUUAGGCAGCUGAAGAAACUGCUUUCGUCGUUGUCACCACCGCGGUAGCUUUUUUAUCAUCCUCUUCCACAUCUUCCUCUUCGUCAUCAUCAAGACCUUCAUCUCCUUCUUUUUCUUCUUCUUCUGAGUGAUUUUUUCAUUUUUCUUUUAAGUCAUUUUUUCGGAAUUUCAGAGAAGUUUCAAAAGAGGAUGAACUCCUAGAGUUAUUGUCGAUCGACUGA